CCCAUUAUUAUCACCGACAUAUCGCGCAUUAUGUUAUCUAGUAGCGACAUUUCCUCAAAGCCGCGACCGACGGCGUUGGUGCUUCUCCACCAUGUCCACGUCGCUUAAGGGCGCAUGUGGUUCAAGAGUAUGACAGCUAUUGGGCUGCCGCUCUGCAGCGGUGCAGCCAUGAGGACGGAAGCGGCUCUUGUCGUCGUCGUGCUGGCGGUCACCAUGUGCAGCAGUCCUUGCCAGCUUACCUUUUGCCGAGUAAUGGCGAGCGCUGGUGCUUUGGUAAGCUGCUUCCUCUUCUUCGUCUUGGGCUCUUGGUCAGCGAAAUCCAGCGAGUUAAUAAAACAAUGGUCACUGGUCGGGAAUCAGCUACUCUUUUUCGGCGGCCUUUCUUUCGCGACCAUGGCCUCGGAAGUAACAGCCACAGAAAGGAUAGCGCACCUAGCGCUGAGCUCUUUCCUUUGGCUUGCCUCACGACCGGCUCGGAGGGACAUCCUGGUGCUUGCCAUGGUAGCACAUGUUCUGCAAACCGCCCUUGUUGCUGGGCUGCACCCCACGCUUCAGCGCGAUGAUGCCGGCAAGGCAGCCUUCAUCUUCUCAGCCGUCCUUGUUGGCAUUGUCGUGCCAGCCAUAGCCCUGUUCUGUGCGGAUUCUACUACUGGUGCUUGCUUCGGCUCCCUCAACCAAGUGCCCCAUGCGGUCAACGGCCAUGAAAGCGCUGCCAAGUACGGCGUAGCCCCGGCAGCAACAGUGCAAGCGGACGGGGCGCCCCAUCCUCAGGACGUGUGUACUAUCGGCUGCGGGCAAGAUGGCUUAUCAGCUGCAAAAUUGGGUCGCGACGGCGCCCUCCUCCCAGGGCCAACCGGCGGCGAGGGCCCCGUCUGCUACACAGUCAAGGCCGCCACGUGCGGCUUCGCAAGCAUGGCCACCACCGCCUGCCAGACAGAUGACGAACUCCUGCUCUGGCUCUUCGCCGGAGCCAGCACCGCGCCAUCCGCAGCGGACGAGUUCCGCGACGAGUCCCGCGGCAGCCACGGCGGUGGGCCUGGCGCGAGCCAUGCCAACCAGUACGUCGACCCGUGGGUCGGCCUGAAGGAGAGCCGCGAUAGCCGUACCAGGUCUGGCGGAGUCGGCAAGUACGACAGUUUUACCUCCGUAUGGUCCCGCAGCGCAGUCGCGGUGGGGCCAUAUGGCCACAUGCUACCUUCCUCAGAUGGCGACGAUGCGGCUGUGCUGGCGAGGAAUGUAGAGGAGGGGAACUUGAGCAAUGGCAGCCAGCAAGGGGGCGCGAAGCAGGCUCUUUCGUUUGGGCUGGUGUCGGCUGCGGCUCCGCAGAGGCGCUGCUCGCUGUCCGCCGCACCGCCACCACACCCCGUGAGGGACGCCAGGUCCGCUGCCAAGCAGCCUCCGCAGCAGCAGCCUGUUUGGCAGCCGGCCAAUGCAAGGGCAUUCCGCCCCAGCAGCCGCAGCGGCACCGGCGGAGACAGGGUGGACACCUUGCCGUACUCAGCCUCCGCGCCUGUCUCCGGGAAUCCGCCGCCACCGCUGCCGAGCACGCACGCCCCCUCGGCGGAGAGUGCGGAGGGCUCCCUCGCUUUGGAGGGCCCCCUGGGCGGCGCUGCGGUCGUCAGCAAGGCGUUGCAGCUGCAGCGGCGGCAGCGGGUGCAGAGGUCGCGCACCUUUAACGACCUGUCGCCGCACCGCAGCCGCGUGUUGAUGGAGCUGGCGGCGGCGGGCGGAGGAGCGCCCGCCGUACUGCCGCCACCGACGCUGGACGAGCGCGGCCUGGGCGCCGCGCCCGUGCCGCUGCCCUCCGCCUACAGCGAGGAAAGCGAGGACGAGGCGCUGCAGCAGCUGCGGGCCAUACGCGCCCUGCGCCGCACGCAGCCGCAGCUGGCGGCCUCGCUUGACCGGUUCGCCACCCUCCUCCGCCGCCGGCAACAGCAGCAGCAGCAAGGUCAUCAGCCGCAGCACGUAGCUGCCGCCGCAGGGUCCCAGCAGCGGCAACGUGACUGUGCUGGCGGCGGCGGCCCUGACAGCGCAGCGCAUUGGAGCUGCCAGUCAACAUUUGGAGUGUGCGGCAGCAAGGGUGGGGCUGCUGCGGCGGCGGCAUGCAACGUCGUGGCAGCGCGCGGACCUGUGCGACGAACACGCAGCUACUCCUCCUUACGGGAUGCUGCAGCUGCCGCGGAGGCAGAGCCUGACAGGGAGGUCUCGUUGCUUCGGUCGCUGUUCUGCCCCUACGAGGCGGCCGCCGGUGCUGCAGCCCACAGCCGCCCCCCGCGUGCACCGCUGCUGCCAGUGCAGCCCACCGGCCGCAUGCAUGGCGGCGAGCAACAGCAGCAGCGGCGGCCCCUGGCUGCUGUGUGCGCGGCGCCGGCGGAGGCGGUCAGCACAGGGGGCUCCAGCGCCUCCUCCCUGGGCAGCUCAGCAUGCGCAGCGGCGGCUGCAGGCUCCGGGGAUUCCGGCUUAGGGCUGGAGCUGACGGAGGUGGAGGCACAGUGCCGCUCUACCCCGGGGGUCCCCGCGGCGGUGGGCGGCUCGGGCGGAGGAGAGGGCGGCGUGACGGGGAGCUGGGAGGCCCGGCGGGGCAGUGUGCAGCGGUCUCGGUCCGCAGGCGAGACGGGGUUCCGGCCGCAGCACCUGCACCUGCAGCAGCAGCAACUGGCGCACCAGGAGCACCGCCGGGCGUCACUGCUGCAGGCGUGGCACGCAAUGCUGGCGGAGUACGCACCGCAGCGGGUGCAGCAGUGCGGGAUCAGCGGCGUCACAGCCGCUGCCGGCGCUCCCGGCGGGCCUGUCGUACCUCCCGCAGACGCCACAGGGCCCGAAGGCGCCACCGCUUCUCAAGCCCCCGCUGCAGUCGGUGGGUUGCGACCCGCCGCUGCUUCUGCUGACACUGUCAGCGGGGGCGCCUUGCGGAGACCCUCGGCACAGGCGCAGCCGUCGCAGCCAGCGGACCGCCUCCGUUGUGGCACCGGCGGCCUGGUGAGUGCUGUUGGCGCGGUUGCGCCCGGCCCCGGCCCCGCUGCCGGUGCCUCAGGGGGAGACGAGCGCGCCGUGCGAGUGAGCAAGAGCCUGAGCGAGCGGUCGCUGCAGCAGCGGGUGGCCUCCGCGCACUACCCCCGCCGGGUGGCGCGAACCAAGAGCCGCUUCGCGCUGGUGCAGCAUGAUAUUGGCGAGCUGGGUGAGGUGGGCUGCGGCGGCCGGCCCGGGCCCGUGGCUCGCAACUCGUCCGGCGCCUCCCUGCGCAGCUGCGCGCUGGAGAAUGUGCUUGAGGAGCAGGAGGGCGAGGCGGAGGGAGACGAGCUGCUGGCGGCAACGGGGGAGCCCGCGGCGGCAGCAGCAGCAGCAGCAAGCGGGGGCAGCUCCGCCGGCCGCCGCCGUAGCUCGGAGGUGGCGGAGGCGGCCGCACGCCGGGGCCGCGGAAGCAGCGCUGGACCCUCCUCUGACGGUGGAAGCGGCGGCACGGACGUGGCAGCGGCAGCACCUGCCUCCCCGCCCAAGGGGGAUGAGGCUCCGGCGCCCUCGCUGGGCUCCGUAUGCUCUAUGGGCAGCUGCGGGCUGCAGCUGCCCUGGCCCCUGCAGCACCCCUCGAGCAACGGCACCACCGAGGCGGCGCUCAGCCGGCGGCGACGCUCCGCCUGGCGCUCCGCCUCCGAGCUCUCCUUCGCCGGGCUGCGGCUGACUGGUCCGCGGCAUAGCUUCGGCUCGCAGGACCCCCAGGACCCCGCGCUGAGUGUGCCCUCCCUAGACAACGGCCGGCGCUCCGCUGAGUCGGACGCCGCCUCCGCCGCCUGGCUGCUGGAGGGCGGCGACAGCCUGAGCCGCCACCUGGCCGCCUCCAUGUCCCUGGAAGGAGCCAGCCGCCGGGGCAGCGCGGGCAGCUGCUCGCCGGGAGCCAGCCUGCUGCAGCCCUCGCUGCCGGGCCGCCUGAACAGCGCGGGCGGGCGGCGGCGGGAGGGCGGCGAGGGCAGCGGCAUGGAGGCGGACACCGGCCUGCGGCAGAGCAGCAACGGGCCGACGCGGCAUGGAGGCGAUAGCUGCGGAGGUGGCGGCGGUGGAGGAGGUGGCGGUGGCGGUGGUAGCGAUUCGGACCAGGACUUAUUGGAGGUGUUGGCGGAGGAGGCGCGGGCGGGUGGCCGCGGAUCGCGCCCUCUGCAGCGGCUGCGAGAGCACUCCGGCUCAGCGCUGGGUCGGGCCGCCAGCUUCCGCUUCGCAGCGCCCGUAGUGCCCGGUGCCAUGCCUCAUGCCGCCGCUACGGCCGCCACCAGGGCUGUGAGAGGCAACAGCGGUGCAGCUGCAGUGGCCUCCGCUGCCGCCGCCGGUGCUGCUGAGCCUGAGGCAGUGCCGGCUGCGUUGCGUGCUGCGGUGGGGAGUGACGGCUCCGACAUCCCCGUGCCGCCCAUCACUGCCCCCGUGGUGCCGGAGCGGGAACGAGAGAGGGAGCGCACCCGCGGCCGCUCUUCGCUGGAGCUCACACCCUGCGCGGCAGCCGCCGGCGCUGCAGCAGCAGCCACGCCACCACCACCAGCGGCUGCCGCCACUACUACCGCAGCCGCAGCCGCCGCGUCCGUUCCGCUGUCCGCUCAGAACCUGCAGCACCAUACGCGGCACUGGGAGGGCGCCUCCCCGGGGCCCCGUGACACCGCGGCGCUGGUGCUGCAGCUGCCCAGCCCCUCGCCCAGCCAGUCGGGGCCCAUGGACCCGCUCAUCGACGGAGACGGCACCGCAGCGGCGCCGUCAGCGACGCUGCUAAACGCGCUCAAGUCAGUUGACGGAUGCGCCGCCGCCGAGCAACAGGCCGGGGGCGGCGGGGGCGCGACAUCGAGCACCGGGACCUCCCCCUCCCGUGGCACCGUAUCCACCGGCCCCUUACCUCGCGGUAUCGUAGCAGCCCGGCUGUCCAUGCCCAUGAUGCCGUACAACGGCGAUGCCACCGCCACCGCCAUCGUUGCCAACCGCGCACUGAGCCGCCAGCCCAGCGCCACCACCACGGUUGGCGGCCGCAGCCAGGGCGACAGCAGCACCUGCAUGUCUGACUCGCUGGGCCCCCUAGCCGCAAUAGACGAGGCCCUGGCCUCCGGCGCUCGCAACACCGAGCGCCCCUCUCGCAGCCCCUCCAUGCUCACUCGCAGCCUGGUUGUCCGCGUGAACAGCGGCGGUACCUUUGGCGACGGCAGCGCCAUGGGUCGCGGCGCACUGGGCGCCUCGGUGCGCCCGCCCUCCAAGCUGGCUGGCGGCGGCGCCGUGAGUGCGGGCGCGGGCCUGGGCGGCGGCGGCGACAGUGUGGAGCUGGAGGUGGAGGAGGCGGUGCUGGCCAACAGGCGGCUGCAGGACGACCGCGGCACGCUGCUGGAUGAGGUCAACAUCGACAAGGUGUUGGGCUUCGGCAGCAUGGGUAUGGUCUACCAUGGCAGGCUGUACGACACCAAGGUGGUCGUGAAGCUCAUCGAGCACGGCACGGGGGUGCUGGGCAAGGAGAAGGAGCGCGGCCGCCUGGCGCGUGUGGAGGCGUGCGUCAGCCGGCUGCUGCUUCACCCCAACAUUGUGCUCACCUACGACGCCUGCACGGGGCGCAUGCAGCCGGGGAGGCUGGCGGCCAAGCUGGGGCGGGGCGGGGCGGGGGGUGGCGGCGGGCGGCAGCGGUUCAUGACGGUGAUGGUGCAGGAGUUCUGCGAGCUGGGGACGCUGAGGGACGCCAUCAACAAGCGGAAACAUGGACUGACGGGUCCCUCCCCCGAGGCCCUGCCGCUGCUGUACCGCGUGGCGCUGGACAUCGCCAACGGCAUGAAGCACCUGGCGGCGCUACGGAUAGUGCACGCAGACCUCAAGGCUGAGAACGUGUUGCUGCAGCGGGUGGGCAGCAGCGGUGACCGGCCGCACGGCUUCCUGGCCAAGGUGGCGGACUUCGGUCUGGCCAUGGUGCUGCCGCCCGGGGAGGAGGAGGUGCGGCAGGGCAUACACGGCACCGUCAGCCACAUGCCGCCGGAGGCCAUGAAGGACACGGUGUUCUCACUGGCCACCGACGUGUUCAGCUUCGGAGUGGUGCUGUGGGAGCUGUACACCACGGAGACCCCCUACCGCGGCAUGGCCCCUCACGAGGUGGUUGAGGCGGUGUGCGGGCGGGGCGAGCGGCCUGCCUGGCCCGAGGGCGCCCCGGGGGAGCUGGUGGCGCUGGCGGCGGACUGCUGGAACACGGACCCCCACCAGCGGCCCGGCUUCUCCGAUGUGGUGGAGCGGCUGCGGCAGCUGCUGGCGCCCUCGCGGCACCCGCUGGAGCGCUGCCCCAGCAUGCUGAGUGGCAUGACGGAGGAGAGCGACGAGCUGGAGGCGGCACUGCGGCAGCAGCGCAAGGGGCCCACCACGGCACACCCGCCCGCCUCCGCAGGAACCGGCCGCUCGGAGACGGGGUCCGAGCUCCUGGGAGGCGGCGGCGGGGCGGGAGGGGCGAGGGGCGGCUCCUCGCGCCCCGGCGGCGGCGCACUCACGGGCGGCAGCAGCCGCGGUGGCGGCGGUGACGGCUCCUCUGAUGUGUACGGUGCGGUGCCGCGGGAGGCGCCGCGUGACCCGCUGGGUCUGCUGCUGUGGGCGCUGUGCCAGUACCCCGGGGAGGAGCCGGUGCGGGUGGAGGGAAGCACGCCGGACUCGGUGCAGUGGGUGCUGCAGGUCCAAGACAUGGUAUUAAAGUCACAGGAGAACAGGGGGGAGGCCCUGGCGGCGGCGAGAGCCAGCGGGGGCAGCAGCUAGCUGCACCGCAACCCGCCCCGCGCCCCAACCAGGCGGUUUUGGGGGCGCGGCGGCCGCCUUGCGAGCGGGUGGGUGCUGAGCGGUGGUGGGUCGGGCUGGGACCUAUGUCCAGGAGGUAUGUGGAGGGCCGGCUCGUGCAUGGCGGCGUGUUGGGCCCACGGCUGUUGCAUCUGUCCUAGAUGCCGUAGCGUUGCUGCAUUUAUUGAACGGCUGUGUGUCAGUGCUUCGGGGCGGUUGUAGGGGAUUUAACUUACUUCAUGAUUGGGGGGGGGAGAAGGGAGGUGCUGAGAAGGUUCUAUGGGCCUUGUGUGCUGCUUGCAAAAUGAAAGAGGCGCGUUGAGGAGGGAGAGGAAGUAUGGACGUACAGGAGCGGAGGGGUGAGAGGAAGAGCUGCUGCAAGGCUAUGAUACGUGUUGCCGUAUCCAAACAACUGCGAAACAACGCUGCGUGCGUUGCCCGAGCGAAGCUGAGGUUUAUUGCUGCAUACGGAGGGGGCUGUGUUGUGUGUCAGAGAACAUGCUGACGUGGUGCAGUCAAGGAUGAGCUCAAGAUGUGGUGAUGGAAGUGAUGAGGGGGGGGGGGAAGUCUGGACGGAGCGGGCCGGGGCAGUCGGCGAUGUGUCCGCCGACCCCCGUGCUGACCACGCUCGGCGGCACCCCCGGGAGCGCUGCAGAGGCAUGGAAGCGCCUCGAGCGGCUGAACGCGUGAGGACAGAGCACAUGCGGUCGUAUGACUGACUGCAUGACGGGGGUCGGGUCAGUGGCUUGCUUUCAUUGAGGGUAAACGCUUGCCUGUUUUGUUAAUUAGCAUGGCGUUGUUUUGUGUAUUGGGCGGCUACAGUGAUGUCAGCCUCCGGUGUUGCUGGAGGGAGGGACGGAGGUAGGGAG